UAUUUUCUUUUGGUCGGUCUUCUUUUGCUUCAAACUUUUCGUCUUCUCGGUAAUUUAUAAUUUUUUAAUCACAAAAAAUAAAUUUAUUUUUAAGGUAAAAAUGGAGGAAGGAGCUUCCAAUGACCAUGCGGAUAAUGGGCAUAUGUCUGAUGAUGAUGAAAACAAAGAAAUGCUAAAGAUGGCACUCUCAAGUUAUCAUCCGUUGAAAGGAGAGGAAGAAGCUCCUCCAUUGUUUUGUCCAAAAUCUUCAAUUGAGCGAGACUUUCCUCCGUUAACGACUGAGGCAAGAAUUCAAUUACGUCAAAGGAAGCACGAUAUUCUUGGAAAAUACAUGGCUGCGCAAAAGUUGAAGGAAAAGAAAAAGGAAAUGAAAGAAAAGGACAAAGCUAAAGAAGACGAUAGUAAGGACAAAAAAGAAGAAAAGAAGAAUGAUGAAGGUAAAAUAUAA